AUGGCACCUUGGAAGGAUGCGUCGCUUCAGUUUCUUUCUUCGCUCCAGGGGGCCGAGCCCUGGACAUGUGGACACUGUGGCACAGGGGGCAACUUCGCGACCAAGAUGCAGUGCCGCCAGUGCUUCGCCCCCGCGCCGAAGCACAUCCAGGCGGCCAUCACGCGUGCGUCCCGCUCCGCUCCAUCCAAGGCAGCCGAGCAGCCCGACCCCAUCGCGGUGCUCGACAAGUUGAUCGGCAUGCUGGAGUCCCUCGCAGACCCCAGCCUCGGGUCCAUCAUCGAGGCCAAGCGGGCGGAGAGGGCGGCCCUGGUCGCCCAGAAGCGGGCAGGCAAGCCUCUGCACCUGCAGCUGCAGGCGCUGGAGGGCAAGAUGGCCGCCGCGCAGCGCAAGCUCGCUCGCCAGCGCGAUGAGGCGGUCAUCAGCCAGCUCGUGGCGAACCUGGAGAAGCUGGUGGGGGACACCGAGGGCGACGGAGACUCGGUGCCCAAGCCGCUCGUGGAGUCCCUCCAGAGCUUGCUCAAGCUGGUCAAGGGGCUCCCUCAGGCCACAGGGGCCCCCGCUGCUGCUGCCGCCGCUCCUCCUGGGGGAGACGAGCUGGUGGACCGGUACCUCAGCGGGCUGCCCGAGGAGGAGCGAGCCGCCAAGCGGGCGUUCUGGACGAGCGAGGGCCUCUACGAGGAGGAGCUGCACGGGGAUGGCUUUGCUGGGGGCGGCGGGGACGCGUACGCUGGCCAGGGCAAGGGCUACUGCGCGCCCGCGGUCAUGGGCAGGCAGCCACCGCCCGUCGAACCCAACACCUCUCAGUCCGUCUACCUCGAGGGCAGGUCGCAGCACGGUGGGGAUGCCCCAGCUGGGCCGUCUCAGAGUCGCCGACGCACUCGGCGAGGAGCUCGUCACGUCAUCGCCGCCACCAUCAAUGCCAACCUCUCCUGGGCCCGCGUCGAAGAGUUCAUGGAAGAGGAGAUCGGCCAGCUCAUCAAGAGCGGCGGCGUCCCCGUCCUAGCGGUGCAGGAGCACGCCAAGCCCGCCGAGUGGUUCCACGUCACUGCGGCGGCGCAAGAGCGACGGGGCUGGCGAGUUGUGGGUGCGCCUGCCGUGCGCACGGCAGAGGGCGGCUACUCCGCAGGUGUGGCGCUGGUCACACCGCGCUGCCUGAGCCUCAGCCUGGCGCCAGGCCAGGCGUCGUGGGACAUCUCCCCCGCGGGCGCCGCAGGCAGGCUGUGCCUGGGCAUGACCGAGGUCAAGGGCAUUGGCUGGGUGGCCUUUUUCUCGGUGUACUUGUUCACGGGCAAGCCCGUCACCUGGGCUUUGAACGCGGCCCUGCUGGACACCAUCGUGCACUGGGUCUGCCAAAUGAGGAUCCCCUGGAUGGCCAUGGGUGACUUCAACAAUGAACCGCACGCCAUCCUCGACAGCCCCUGGAACCAAGAGGCCAAGGGCCAAGUUCUGGCCUGGCAAGGGGAAGGAGGCACAUGCAGGUCCAAGGUGGUUAAGCAGGGCGUGGAGGAGUUCAAGGAUCGGGUCAUUGACUUCUUCUGGAUGGAUGCGAGGCUGGCCGUGAUCUUCUGCCCAGUGAAGUCUUUCGAGAACAUGCCCUACAGGCCGCACAGGCCGACUUGGAUCCGCGCGGACAAGCCCUGGCACGCGUGCCAGAUCCAGGUCCUCAAGGGCCCGAAGCAGUACCCAAUCACUAGGCCACCACCUGUCAGGCAGCCCGAGAUCCCGCAGGGCUACCCCAAGCUCGACCUGCUCCACGGCUCGCAGCAGCACCUGGACCAGUGCUGGAGGGGGUUUUGCUCUGCAGCUGAGGCCGAGCUUCGAUCGCUGUUCGGCUGGACAGAGUCGGAGGCACGCAGGUAUGAAGGCCGAGGCUUGACUCCCGAGGUGGUGCAGAGACAGCUUCUUCCGAAGCAUGACAGCCCCGUGGCUGAUCGAGGCCCAGCCAGGGCCUGGCGUUGGGCCGCGGGGGAACUGGCCUGGAUUGGCCAACUCGUCUGCUGCGUCUUGCGGGGCCAGUCGGUGCCCAAGGCCAAGUCGGAGGCCCCAGCAGGCCAGGCAACCACCUCGGGAGAAGGGCCUCCUCGAUCCUACAACGAGGAGGUCGCAGGCCAGCUCAGACGGGCCUGGAGGAAGCUGUUCCAGGCGAGGCACCACUGGGACCAGCUGGAGCCCUGGAGCGCGGGGAUACUGCCAGCGCUGCGCACCAUCGCCGACGUGGAGCCCCACAUCAUCGGCGCGCAGGCCAUCUUCGCGCUGCAGCAGUUCGCCAAGGUGCGGGCCCAGACCUGGGAGCAGCACCUCAUGCGGCAGCGCUCCAAGCGGUUCUACGAGCGCCUGAGCGCGAAGUUCCCUGGCUCGGGGGGCUACCUGCACCGCAUCUGCCACUGGAAGCAGGCGUGGAAGGAGCCCAUCUCGUCGGCCAAGAAGCGGAAGCUGCCAGCGGACCCGCAGCUCGCGGUCACUCAGGAGGCGCAGGAGUGGGCUAGCAUUUGGCGCGCUGGGUCAGGUGACUACACCAAGUUGUGGCAGGACACUCAGGUCCAGGCCCAACGGAUGGCCCACGCGCAGGUGCUGCCCACCAUCGACGCGAUGCAGGUGCGCACCAUAUGCCGCAGCUACAAAUGGAAGACUGGGCUCGGGCUUGACGGCUGGCACUUUGGACACCUGGCCUGGCUCAGUGACGAGGCCCUGAACAGCCUCGGGGACAUCCUCAUGCUGUGCGAGCGGCUCUGCUCGUGGCCCACGGCCAUACGCAUGCUCAUCCUUUUCCUGGUCGCCAAGGAGGACGGCGGCGGCAGGCCCAUCUUCCUUUUUCCCACGCCAGUGCGCAUCUGGGAGGCUGUUCGUGAUCCCUUGAUUCGGCAGUGGGAGCGGGCCCACGUGAGGCCCUACGACUGGGCAUCACCAGGGCGCAGCAGUGAGCAUGCGGUAUGGAGAGCGAUGUUGGAUGACGAGGCCUUGGAAGGUACCUGUUUCGCGUCCCUCACCGCCUUGAUGGAUUUGGAGAAGGCUUAUGAAUAUGUAGCGCUCAACUUGAUUUGGAUUCUCGGCAUGGUGCAGCAAGCGCCCAUGAGUGUCUUGGCCCUUUCUCUGGAGUCGUACGCCUUCCCUCGGGCGGUACGAAAGGGCCAGGCCGUCGCCGACGCCAUUUGUACCUACGUGGGGUUGCCCGCUGGGUCGAAGCACGCCAAUCGCUUCCUGAAGAUGGUGCUGUAUCCUAUCCUGGACGUCGUGGCCCGAUGGCCAGGGGCCAAACUGGAGAUCACGAAGUUUGUGGACGACUUAGCCCUGCGGUUGGUGGGCAGGAGCGCACAGUUGAAGGCGAUCUUCCCCGACCUGGCCCGUGCCCUCAUCCGCCUUUUGGAGUCGCUGCUACAGCUCAAGGUCUCGAAGGGUGAGGGAGGCAAGUCAAAGUUCGUAUCUAGCGACGGCACCUUGGCACAGGAGCUGGCACAGCCCAUGGCGGACAUCGGCCUGCAGCACGGCCGCUGGCACAAGGCGGCGGCCCUUAAGCGCAGAGGGGUGGGGGUGCGCCCUGUGGUGCAGCAAGGCCUCAAAGCGUCAGUGGCGUAUGGGGCGACCUGCGCUGGCACUCCUCCUGCAGUCCUCAAGUUCGUCAUGGCCAAGACAGCUGCCGUGCGCGCGGGGGCUGGGACAUUUCGUUCGGGCACCUUGGGCUGGGCGAUCGCGCCGAGGACGGACGGCGCCGAGCAGCUCAGGAUCGCCCCUCUUCGGGCAUGGCUGCGCGAGGCCUGGGACCAGCCCGAGAGACGGAAGGAGAUGGCCCACGCUUGGGGCCGUCAGUGGCCCAAGGUGCAGCGUGCCCUCACCUAUGGCCCCGCCAAGUUCGACGCCUGGAAGAUGGUGCGGGGGCCAGCGGCGGCCACCAUUCUGACGGUGCACGAGCUGGGAUGGCACAUGGAGGACGCCUGGACCAUCCUCGACGGCGUCCACGGCAAGUGGGACAUCCGCGAGGUCGCCCCCCUCGAGAUCCUGCGUGCUGCAGAGAGGGCGGUCGCAAAGAAGAAGCUCAUGGACUGGGCGCUAGCUGAUGAGGGGCGCCAGCCGCUCCGACCCACUCCCUUCCUGCUGCCAGUCAAGCAGCUCAUGCGCUCCAAGACCACGGAGGCCUGGACGAGGCACCACAUCAACAGUGCCAGGACGGUCGCGCUAGGAGGCUACCCUGUGCAGACGGUGUGCUACGAGCGCGGCCAGGUCACGAGCCCUCUGUGCCCUUUGUGCGGCAAGAAGAAGGGCACGUUGAUGCAUGUGUAUUUUCUUUGUGAUGCAGACGUGUGCGUCACGAUUCGGGAUGGGCUCACGGAGCCGACUCUCAAGAACAGUUUUCGGGACGUGGUGCAUUUGGGCGAGACGGCCGCCACGAAGGAGGAGCAGGGCUGCAGAGGCGGCGACGCGCUUUUCUGGAAAUGGGCUCGCGGCCUGAUCGCAGACCCCGUGGCCGAGUACCAGGUGCCCACGCCGCCCGACGAGUACCAGUGGGGCGAUCCUGACGGCGAGAUGGUGCUGUCGGGCUGGGUGGCCACGGACGGAUGCGUCCUGUCCCCCGACGUGGAGGAGAUAUCCACGGGAGGCUUCGCCGCCAUCACCUGGAGCGCUGCAAAGAAAAGUGAGUUCCAGUCAUUGUUCGGUGCUGUGCCAGUUGCGAGGCCCACGUCGGCCCACUGUGAGAUUUGGGCUGUGUACCAGGCUGUUAAGCACUCGGUAGGGCUCGUAGGGCUCCUGUUAGAUAGCAAGCAGGUUGUUCAGGGGCUCUUGGCGGGCAAGGAAUUUUGUGUGAAUAGCGAGCAGAUCACCGCGCACCGGUGGAAGCUUGUUUGGGACGCCCUGGAGGAUCAGUGCCUCAUCCCAGGGGAGUCCCUUCAAGUUGUCAAGAUUAA